GGGCGAAAUCUACGCGCCUUGCGCGAGUACGCGAGCCGCGUUGGCGGGGGUGAGAAACGUUACGGUGGAAAUAGGAGAGGAGUGGCGUGGUGAGUGGCGAAUCUCGCAAUCUCGUACUCGCGAUCAGGCCGUGGACUCGACGACAACCCUUCACGGAGCCAGUGCUUUGCUCUCCGUCACGCAUCGCAGUCGCGUUCCGUUCGCCGACCACGAAUUUAUUCCGACGAAAAGGGAAACCGUCGCACGCAACCGCCAGCAUGAAUCGAAGGAUCCCAGUGCUAAUCGUCGGUUUCGCGCUCGUCUUGGUAGUUCGUUCAGACGAAAAAUUGAAGUGCUACAUGUGCACUUCGCUCACGAACGAGGGCUGUGACACUGAUCCAAAAGCACACGACAUCAAACCUGUCGAAUGUACUAUGAAGAAUAUGGUCGACUGGCAACUGAACGUUCAACAGUAUGGAGCUUUAAGCGCAAUAUCUCGCAUUUUCGAGGUCGACAAUUCGCAGCAGUACCAGACUGCUGCGCCAAUGGCCUGCGCGAAGAUGGUUCUUAUGGUGGACAAACAGGAGGUCACGGUGAGGAACUGCCAGACAGCGAAGACGGAGACCAUCGAUCCGUGCAGAGCGAUACAAGGAAAGUUUUCCUCCGACUUGUACCGUCUGGAGCACUGCGAUCUUUGCACGCACGACGCCUGCAACAGUUCGGUCGCCAUUUCCGCCAGGAUUUUCCUCGUUCUAUUGUCGUUGGUCGGGUCUGUAAUUUUCGGCGGUCUUUACAAUAGAGCGUAACCCUCCGCUAACGUGUACACAGAUUUAAUUGCGAUCGAAUACGCGUUACGAUCGUUCCACAGCGCAUUCUAAAACUCGAACACCAUAUACACAUUGUUCAUCGAUGUUCCAUGUUGUGUCAUGUUCACAAAACUGCACGCGGCGGACAACCCUUGCGUUACGAAACCGGAAAUCGAGAUCGAGUUCCAACAUUUGCCGUUGUUGUUCUAUAAAAUUUUUUAAUUCUUCGGUGAAUCGGGCCACGUUGAUAUUUUUUUUCUUUUUUUUUGUACGCAGCACUUCCGGAUCCCUCGGCCGAAAGAACGUUAAACGGAUCGUUGAGUCUCCGCGAAAUCACGGGGCGGACGGAGCGAAAUUUCUGGAGCAAACAUUACGGGGGAGUUCGCAACGUAAUUUUCUGGCUAAUUCCUUCGUUAAAUUCGGUUUAGGGCCGUUUAUAUCUCGCCUCUGCCUCGCCUCGACGCAAAGUGGGACGCGUGAAAUAAUUAGAAACGGAAAUGUGACAUUCUGCUCGAUUUCGUUUCGGGACUACGGACCGCCGAAUUAUUGCGUAUUCGAAUGCUCGAUAAAUAUUAUUUCCAAUACUGU